AUGAUCUUCGUGAUUAGAACCCCAGUGCUAGGCGAGAACUGGGCGAAUAUCAGUGACCCAGUGGAGCGUCGUCGAGCGCAAAAUCGAAUUGCCCAACGUGGAUAUCGAGAAAGGUUACGCAAGGGGGACGAGAAUUCCACAUCCCAGAACAGCACACAGACUAAAGCCACUGCCAGAUCGGCCACCGGUAGGCUGUCUUCUCUUCUAGACUCAAAAUCUUCUCAACCAGGGGCAUCACAGCAGCAACCUGCUGUGGGACCACAAUCAUCAGGGCAAUGGCCAUCGCAACCAUAUGCGCAUCCUCACAAUCAUAUACAACAGCAGGACCCCCCACAACUGCCGUCCGAUCUAGAUUCAUACAUCUCGCAACUAGAUCAGGUUGGCCUCACCGAAAGCCCUUGGGCACAAUCGUUGGAUGAGAAUACACAUCAAAUCUUCAAUUUGAAGACCAUGGGCUCUGGCUCCGAUUCGCUCUCGACCUCGCCCAAGAAUCAAGCCCAUCCCUUCCAAACUUCAAUCGACACAGACCUUCUUUGCUCAACACCCGUACCGCCACUUCUACACACCUCAAGCGGAACCCCAGAGAGCACCGGCAGCUCCAUUACAAGAGGACCUGAUGGAGCACAUGGGCACACAGCAUUACAUCGCGCAGCACUAUACGGCCACGAGUCCGUAUUAGCAGUACUACUACAGGCCGGUGCUGAUCCCGCCCUACCCGACAGCGCGGGCUUCACGCCCCUACAUUUAGCCGCGCAACAAGGUCAUGCAGGUGUAGUGCGACUGCUACUAUCUAGCUCCCCAUCUCGAGACCUAAUCAGCUGGGUUACCCGAAAGGGUGAGACAGCACUCCAUAUCGCCGUACAGGCCCAGCAGCCGGGGGUUGUGCGCGUCCUAAUUGAGCAUUCCCCCGAUUGGUGGGGACGCACCGCGUUGCAUAUGGCUUGUGAGUCGAACCAGCAAGAGCUAGUUGAGAUGUUGGUUCACGCUGGAGUGCAGUUAGAUAUUCCAGAUUUUGAGGGGCAGACGAGGGUUUAUGAUGCUCGCAUAUAG